CUCUGCGCGUGGAUUUCUACUCUCCUCCAAAUAGCAACUUUAUAUGGGAGAAUGCUCUUGUUCUCGCUGUCGGAGCCGCGUGAGUUAAUUGGUGUCCUCGCGCCGGAAGUCCCUGCGAACUGAUUGAGUGCUUGCGCGCGCAGUGACCCAGCCAGCAUCUGCAAAGUAUUGGAGAAGCGAUUGCUACAGUAGGAGGUGGCGGUAGUGUUAUUGGAAGCUUCGGGAUGUGCUGAUAGCUCUCUCCGGGAGAAAAGCCCCUUAUUACUGCAUGAAGUUUUACCGGUGUGUAACACAGGCUAUAGUGCACUGGCCUGCGGCCGCAGUAUGCAUUCGGAUUGCAGGCUGGGAUGGAAACAGGGGAGAUGGUGAGCAGACAGCUUGCCAUUGUUUGUGUUUUCUUGCUGCUGUCUGUGAGCACUGAGGCACAAAACGGUGAUGGCUGUGGUUACACUGUUUUGGGACCGGAAAGUGGAACUUUUACAUCCAUAAAUUACCCACAGACUUACCCCAACAGCACUGUGUGUGAGUGGGAAAUCCGUGUCAAGCCAGGGGAUAGGAUACACCUGAAGUUUGGCGACUUUGAUAUCGAGGACUCAAACUCUUGUCACUUUAAUUAUGUGAGAAUAUAUGAUGGUAUUGGGCCUACCCGAAGUGAGAUAGCAAAAUAUUGUGGCUUGGCACUGCAGCUAGAAGACCCUAUAGAGUCCAAAAGUAACGUGAUCACUGUACAGUUUAUGAGCGGAACCCACAUUUCGGGACGUGGAUUUUUAGCAUCCUAUUCAACCACCAAUAAAACAGGGCUACACCGGCCGUUCUCAUUCAGCAAGCACCACUGUUACCUGUCAGCUGCAUGGAUCAGUCCGCCUCUGCUCACUGAUUGCGCCGGAACUACCGUGUCUGUAGCAGCCUGGUUGAUGGGCCCAUUGUCUUCAAGUUUGUUCACAUUCAAGACAUUUGGAUGCUAUGGAACUCUGGGAAUGGAAUCUGGGGUAAUUCCAGAUUCUCAAAUAAAUGCAUCUUCAAUACUGGAAUGGACAGACAACACAGGACAAUAUAACAUAUGGAAUCCAGAAAAAGCCAGACUAAAAAAAACAGGCCCUUCCUGGGCUGCAGCAAUCUCAGAUGAACAUCAGUGGCUGCAGAUUGAUCUUAAUAAGAUGAAAAAAAUUACAGGCAUCAUAACUACUGGUUCAAAUAUGCACAAGUAUAACUUCUAUGUUUCUGCCUACAAAGUUUUAUAUGGUGAUGAUGGUUCCAAAUGGAAAGUGUACAAAGAACCUCACGUGGAACAAGACAAGGUUUUUCAAGGUAAUUCAGACUGUUACCAGGAGGUUCGCAAUAAUUUUAUACCUCCUAUUGUGGCCCGAUAUGUGAAAAUCAACCCUGUUCGGUGGCACCAGAAAAUAGCUUUGAAAGCAGAGCUGCUUGGAUGUCCGUUUAUUGCAGGUUGGGCUCCAAAGUUAACAGUCACACCACCUAUACCUCUAAAGCCACGUGCUAAAAACAACAGCCCCCUGCAGCCAGAGACAGAGAAAAUCACAUUUCCUCCUGAGAUUAAAAACACUACAGUGUCACCAAACAUUACCAAAGGCUGGUGGAAGGGCAUGAAACAGUUCCUGCCUGCUAAGUCAGCAGAACAUGAAGAGACACCUGUGCGAUAUAGCAGCAGUGAAAUAAGCCGUCUGAGAGCAAGAGAAGUGACCACUAUGUCUGCAGAGUAUGCCCAGCCACUAGUGGGAGGAGCAGUUGGCACACUUCAUCAGAGAUCAACCUUUAAACCAGAGGAAGGUAAAGAACCAGGUUAUGCAGAACUGGAUUCCUACAACUCUCCGGAUCAGGAGAUUUAUCAUGCAUAUGCUGAACCACUGCCUACAAAUGGGCCAGAAUAUGCCACUCCUAUUGUCAUGGACAUGUCAGGACAUCCAGGUGGAUCUAUGUGUUUACCUUCAACAUCCACAUUUAAAGCUACAGGGACUCAAGGUCCUCCAUUAGUAGGAGGCUACAGUAAACUCUUAUCUAAGGCGGACAGUUCAGCAUCCACACAAAUACUUUAUGACACUCCCAAGGGAGUACAGGGUGCAAAUGCCAUGGAAGAGAUGGUAUACCAAGUGCCCCAGGGUGUUCCACAACCAACUACAAGCAAAGAUAUUUGUUCUUAGUUGUCUAUGCAUACACCUGUGUGGAAGGACAGAGACUUCAUAGAUAUUUCUUUAUGGCUUAUUUUUAUGAGCACAUUGCAUUCUGGGAAGAUGCCUAAUUUAAUAAAAUUAGGAUAUUCUUACAUUUCUAUUCUAGUUGGCUGUGGUGCAAAUAUUUUCGUCAUUUUACACACAUUUUAUAAAAUAAGACUAAAUUGCUUAAGCUGUUUGGUUUUUGGUACAUUUCUGGUAUUUAUAAGUUUGUAUUGUCUAGUUAUUGGUUUCUAUGUUAUAGUAUUGCACAGACAGUGCAAUGCCUGAAAUUAUCAAGCAGUUUAUUUAACUUUUUCUACUGACCACUCAGCAUUAACACUAAUCGUUCUGGCUGUGAGAUUCACAAGAAGAAGGAAGAGAAUAUGCUAUUAUUGGUUACGUGUUGAGCUGAUCGACCUUACAAAAAAUCUUUUUGAUUGUGAAACCUGUGCAUAUCAAAGUGAAACUGUAUAAAUGCUGUAUUUUUAGUGCAUCAUCUUGCUGUUUUAGUUGUGUCUUUUUUACAGCCUAUUGAAAACACUGAAAUGCUUGGCAUUGUAAUGAUUUAAUGUUAGCUGCUAGCUAGUCCACUUGCUACAGAUAAAUAACUGUGUAAUAGACCGGCAUGUUCAUGUGUAUGCCACUUGAUUGAUUUUUUUUUUUUUUUUGCAUUGCUCAGGGGCUGUAUUUCCAUGUCUGCUGAACUGUAAUUUAAAUCUUUUUAUAUUAAUAUUUUUAUUUAACAAUUCGAUAGUUUUGUCUUUUUUUCUUCUUCUUUUUUUAGGCCCUGUUAGAUUGUUACAAUUAAAUUCGGCAUUGUUAUCAUAUUUGUAAUCUGUGUGACUCUGCCCUAAGAGGAGUGCAGAGUAUUGCAAUAAUCGGUUUUCUAAUGGGGGAGUUUAGCACAAAAUUCCCUAGUAUGUGAAAGCCAUAGUGUUUUGGUUUACAGUGUUUGAUUUUUUUAUUUUACGUUCUCUCUCUUACUGUUACACAACUAACCAAAAACUGUAUAUGACAGCUGAACAAAGACAAACACAAAAAAAUAGUGGUUGAUGCAAAAUUGUUUCAUUUGUGAAACCAAAUGAAUUAAACUCUUUAAAGUAAUCAUUAGUAUUCCCAAUAUAGAAUAUGGUUUAGUGGUGGUUUUUUAACAAGACAUUAUUUUUUAUAUAUACAUAUAAAAGAGCACAAAUUAAGUAUACUGAGUUAACACUCUCUGACAGGAAGUACAUGUUUUUGUUGAUUACAACCAUUCCCAAAGUUCUGUUAGAGAGCAGGAACACACUUCUACUGGCAAGAAAAUCUAAAAUAAUUUUAUUCAGGAGCCUCAUUAUAAAAAUAUAAAACAUUUCCAGAUAUCCUUUUAGACAACAAAGGAAACUGUUAUGUUCUGUUCGCAAUUAUUAAAUAACAACUGAAGGAAUGUUAUGCGUUAUAGCAGUAGUGAAUAGUUUGUAAAGAACAUGCAAGUUGGUGUAUAUAGGAUGCAGAUUUUUUUUUUUUCUUUGUAAGGGUUGUUUCCUUAUAUGGUUGAGAACAGAACCGUAGUUGUCUGACCUAGAGUGCAACUAUCUCAGGGGUUAUAUAAUUUGUAGGCAGGUGUCCUUGAGCGAGCUUAUUGGAUGUUAAAUAAUGCUGAUAACACCUUCACAGUCUGCAGCCACUCAUGAGCCGCUAACAUUGGUAGCCCAUUAGUCUCCAUUGUCACUUACUGAAAAUAGUAUGGUGACAGCCUUAACCCUAACAUGGAGUAUAAAAUAUACUAAGAACCUAGUUAAUUAUAUUGCUACAGUGCCAGGGAAGCUGGCAAAAAAAUGUUACGCAUUGGCAUUUUUAUCAGUUAUUCCAUCAUCAGGGUGGAUUUAAAUCAAAUUGAUUUAAAUCACUAGUCAGUAAGACCAAUUUAAAUAGAUUUAAAUCAUAGUUUCCGUUUUUAGAAUAAUAGGUCUUCAGAUUAUUUUUCCAGUUAUAUCAGACCGUUUCCGAUUUGGUUAAAUAUCAUUAGAUAUGCAUAGAUAGAUCAUUGAAAUAAAUUAAAGGUAAACUAUCUCCAGUUUAAUCGGUUAAUCAUUUAUAUUUGAUCAACUUUCCAGCUGUAGUUGAUUGGAAUUAAAAAUAACUAUUAAAAUCGUUUUAUUUAACUAAAACAAUAACAUUUAAUUUUUAGUGCUUGUCCCUCACACCAGAUCUAUUCCACUUUAAACAAUCUUCUAUUCAGUGAACUUCUUGAAACUUAGUAUGGGCUAUCUUUAGAUAUAUUUUUCCUCAAAAAGCAUUUUAUUUAAAUCAAAAUCUUAUUUAAAUAAAACACCUUGGGUUUAAAUUAUAAAAAUCUGAUUUUUAAAAAACAAAUUAUUGAUUUUUAUCCAACCUGGGGAAAAGUACCAAGUCAUGUCACUGUUUCCUUCCAUUACUGUGGGGGUUUUUUUAAGAAUCAGUGGCAGAUACAACUGUUUUUUUCACUUGGUAUUGUCACAUGCAUUACUAAUAGAUAAGUGUGCUCAGUCCCUAAUAAACUGAACCCUGAACUUCUGUUCAAGUACAAUUCUGAUGUCCUAGUUCUUAUAUAAUAGCACUUACAUACGUUUGUAGUUGAUCUUUGUCAUUGGUUGUACCAUUCUUCCUCCAUCUUAUCUUUUAUUUAUAUAUAUAUAUAUAUACCUUUUUUAUGUAAAAAAUAAAUUACUGCAUAGAAAUAUUUAGUGCCAAAUUAGAAGAAAAAAAACUUACUAAAUCUACUCAUAUACCACUAUUUUGUUGCUAAAGCACUUUUCUUUUGCAACAUAUUAAGACCAUGUUUCAUAAAAGUAUCACAAUUUGUGGCGUUAAAGAAUAUAAUAUAUAAAUAUUAAUAUUAUUUGGCUUAACUAUUCCUAAAACAGUGUUUUAAGUGAAAGAGCUAGAAAGUUACACUUUAUGGUGAAGAUUUGUUGAUAAGGUCAAAAUGUAGCAUCCUUUAGGGUGGGUUUAUUGUAGGCGGGAUAAAACACAGUGUACCCGGCUUAAGAUCGGCUGGUACUUUUGUUUAUGCUCAUUCUAAUAAAAGGCAUGUAUACUGAGUUAAUCACUGCCCUGCAGGGUUGUGACUGCUUUGAAAGGAUGCAGACUACUGCUAUAGUUAAAUGCCUCCAAACAUAGAGCCAAAUACAGACUUGGAGAAAGGCAGAUAGAAGAUGUAAAGGCGAAAUGUGGAAGAUAAGUGAAAAGGAUCAGAGAGAGUAAAUAAUAAUGGUCAAACAUAUGCAUGUAGGCAGUAGGCAGCUUGUUGACUUCAUCUCUUUCCGGAGCCGGAUUUAUGCUUGUGAAAGAUCACCACACUAAGUUCUAUGCAAAUCCCGAUCUCAGUGUGGUGAUUUUUUACAAGUAUAAAUCCGGCUCUGAAAAGAACGGAAUUCAACAAGGGGCCGCCUACUUGCGCAUCCGACAGCUAACGAAGUUGCUGAAUGCCCGUGUUUACUGAAUACAUAUGUAUAUAACCAUGUGCAUUUCAAAGCAUUUUUUUUUACUAUAGACAAUGUUGUCUACUUCCAGCACUGAAUUGUCUAAUUAUACACACAAGUUUGAAAACUGUGAUAGGCCAUUAUAGUCUUUUGCUAGGUUACUUGCUGCUAAGACAAUAAAAUUAAUACAAAGUUUGGUUUCAUUUUUUUUUGUAGACAUUCUAAUUUGCCAUCCGUUUAUAUUCACAGUAUUACCUAACAAAUAAGCAUACACUUUGUACUUGUCAUAUUCAAAUUUGCUGCAAAAAAGUAGAUUGCGUGUUCUAUGAGGUACUACAAACUACCACCUCCCCAUUCUACAUCAAUUUGCUAUCAGUCUAUCAUCCCAAUGAAGUACAUUGGUUGUAGUAUUAUCUAGUUGUCAUAGUCUAGACGGUGUUUUAUCCUGAAAACUGAACAUACAAGGUGUAGCAAAAUAUUUUCUAAAAGCAAAUACAUUUAAAAAAAAAAAUCCUAUAAAUGUUGCGUCUAGAUUUAUAGUGAGGACAUUGUCUACCAUAUUAAAUUAGAGAGAUAAUUAAGCUUUAGAAGAAUGUUCUAAAUGUAUAUUACAAGUUUUCUGUGACAUUGAUAUUUGUGUUUUGUUUUUCAUUAAGCAGUUUGAGUAGAAAUUGUACCCAAAAAUUGGUAAGUGGCUUUGGGAGUUUAAAUGUUGAUAUUCUUUAUUAAAGGGACAUGAUACCUAAAUGUUGAAACACUUGAAAGUGAUGCAGCAUAGCUGUAAAAAGCUGACUAGAAAAUAUCAACUGAACAUCUCUAUGUAAAAAAGAAAGAUAUUUUACCUCAAAAUGUCCUAAGUAUUCACACCCCAUUGUAAAGGACUUUAAGCAGCAAAUCAGUAUGUCUGUCCCGGGACCUGCAAGUUAUUUCCCUAAUAAUUUUAAGGAAGUUUUACUAUGAAAUCUCACAAGAUUGCAGUAAAACGGUUCAUGACCUCAGCACUGCUGAUUGGCUGCUGUUCAUUUUUUUUUUUUUUCUUUCUUUGUAACUAAAACUUUUUACAGAACACUUACUCUGGGGAGGAAAUUGUGAGGUAAAAUAUGCUCAGGUGAUAUUUUCCUGUCAGCUUUUUACAGCUAUGCUGCAUCACGUUCAAGUGAUUUAGCAUAUGAGUAUUAUGUCCCUUUAAUCAACAUCCACUUUAGUCAAAUUGUUAAUGAUGCCUCACAGUUAUAUGAAAAAGAUUAUAUUCCCUUAGCUUGUGCAAGUAUGCACUGUUUUUUUAAGAAGCUAAUGCAGAUCCCUAAGUUAAGCUUUUUUUUUUCUUCGUUUUUCUUUUAUAAAUAAUUUGUGUGUUUAAGAAGUAAUUGUGAUUUUCAUCUGAGAGAUUGCACAAAAAUGUGAACUUUCUCUUGAAUUUUGAAGUUCACUUGUUCAGGUACUAUUUUUUUUCCAGUAAAUUCACUGCAAAGUAAUUGCUUAAAGGCUUUCACAGAUACAGAAUGCAUGUAACAAAAUGGACUGACCAUAACUGAAAAUGUGAUUGAAACAUGCUUUUUAUUAAUCCACAUUGCUCCUUGAAUGUAAUGUUUUAAAUCAGCAUGUACUGUAGGCACAUUGUAUUUGUAUAUGUUGUUAGAAUAUAGAUUGUACAAAGUUCUAUGUUUUCGUUCAGAGUACUAUGUAAAUAAAAUAAUUUUGUUAAGACCUUUUAAA